UUUAAAUGUGUAAAUAAUUGCUAUGCAUUACACAUGUUAGUGAUUCUUAUAUUUUUACCUUUCCAACGGCGAGAUUUAUUACUAUCCACACUCAUUAGCAAACAGCCAAAGUUAUUUUUCAAUGUGAAAGAAAAUUAAUGGUUGUUUUAUCCUAUUAUAAGUUACUGUUUUAUUGUUUCAGAUUAAACAUGAAGUACCCGAAGGACCUGAUCGUCGCAUGCAUGCUGAUUGGUUUGGUUGUGCGCAGCCAUGCUGCACCAUCGUCUAGAAGAUCGCGAGCGGCCGCGCUGCCAGAAGCAACGAGCAGCCGCCAGAGCAAGCUAACAGAAGAAUACAAAGAAGAUGGCACUACGGCAUCGCCUGCACCACCCACAAACAGGAGGAACAAAGCGUUGAAUCUCUUUGGCUACUUCCCAUCUUUUCUGUCAUCGGGUCUAGAUUAUAACGAAGACGACGACGAUGACGUCACUUUUGCCGUCAACGACGACCAUUUCGAUGAUGACGAUUUGUCUAGAACGAUCCCUUCAAGACGCCGACAGCAGAAUAAGAAGAAAAACGGCAACGGGGACAAUUAUCAAAACGAUAACUUAAAUUCACUGCAAUAUGACAACUCCCCCAUUUUCUACAUCAGACUGCCUCCGACUCCGUAUAUGUUUGUACCUGGUCUCGGUUACGUUUCUCAGCCUCCCAACUUAGGACCUCCUAUGGGACCACCCAUGCCUCAGAGUGUGCCUCAAGUGGAUCCGUUCAUAAACCUGCCUUUAGAUUUCGUGUCAAACGGGAAGCCUACAGGCGUAUACCAAUGGGGCAGCAACGGUGGGUAUCCUCAAAUGUCCCAGGUACCACCAAUGCCUCAGAUGCCUCAAAUGGAUCCCUUCGGCUACGGCGGGCAGCCGAUGAUGCAGCCAAUGCAGAGGCCUAGCUACAACAACUUGCCUUCCUACUCCAAGCCGAAGCCUAAACCGGCGCCUACUAAUUCUAAAGUCACUAAUCUUAAAGGCCAAUACGUUUUUAAUGGAAAACCCAAUGACAGCGUUUACGUUUUGCGAGACACGUAUAACUCCAUAUACUCUGAUGCGCUCCAGAACUUCUAUCCUUAAAGAGAAUCUGAUAUAGCUAGGAGUGUUAAGCUGGCUCGUAUCGAGCUGUAUUUUCAAACAAAUGCAAUGAAAUGUGUGAAGUCAGUACGACUUUUGGUGAAUUUAAAAGAACGCAAUGUCCAGUCAACAUAUUACAAAUC